AUGUCAGUCGGCGAAGUUAAGCAACCAGGAGCAAUCAAGUCGCUGGACGAACUUCCAUUAAACGUGAUAUUCAGGAUCCUUUUCUUCUUGGAUUUCGAUGCUCUGAACAAAGUCUCCAAGACAUGUCGUGCGCUUAAAAUACUCUGUAAUGAAAGCAUAACCUAUAAUAGGGCAUUGAAAGAACAGACGUCAGCAAAUUGGUGGACAAAGCGACUGCUAUUUGAUGUUUUCCACGUAAUGGACACUGAGAGGAACCUUUUAAAAUAUGUGUCAACUGAGAGAAUAUCUAUCAUAGGGUCUUUACGAGCAGUUCAGGAGAGUUUUGAUCUGGGAUCUGAUCAGUUACUUAUAGAAUGCAGCCAAAGGAUAAGUACAAAACCAAUUCAGGAGUUCAACGAGUUCAGUGAAGGAGAUAACAUUGAUGAUGACAUACUGCCUGCCUCAGGUACCGAAUACUCGGGAAAUGAUUACAACGGACUCCGUGAAGAUAUCAAUCGACCGUUAGAUCGAGAUGGCCUCGCAUACCUAAAAAUCCUUCAAGGCUUUCAUAGAAUAGCAGUCAACAGUCACAAGUUAUUCCACCGCUCUUCAGAAUCAGUGCUUGCUGAACAGUGUGCCGAUCAAAAUUCUGAAAAUGUUGAAACACCAACGAAACCAGCAAAAACUGUUAAUGUUGCGCUAACUCCAAUAGAAUCAUUCCAGAGCUUGGUUACAUCUGAAGAAAAAAGUCCUGAGUGUUUGCAGUUCACUUCCGAUUCUCCAGAAUCCUCCAACCGCUCGCGAUCUGCUAGUUCCGUUUUUUCGGAUCCUCCUAAGCUUUCAGAGCGCGCAUGGUCCUUUGGUUAUGAACUUGACCACAUAUCAGAUGAGCACAGUGAAUCGGACUCAAGCUCUUCGACAGAAUUUAUCAGGCAACUACAGAAUUCUAGUAAGGUGAGUGACAAAAAGUUUCUGUUCGAGCGGUUGAUGGCUAAGAAGCGCGAGGAAGAAGCUUUGAUCACUAGAAGUAACAAAUCCAAUACAUAUGAAUCACUUCGACCAAUUUCUAACCCUAAGCAAAUUGAAGGAACACGCUCAGUAUCACAAGGAUACCUGAUGGAAUUAGAGAGAUGUGAUUCUCCCAUCAACAAAUCACAUCUCUCUACGGCUAAGACGAUCGAGCCACCAUCCAAAGAAUUUCUUGUGAGAUACCAGGACCAUGUCGCCAAUAAGGUUGAUGAGAAAUCAGAAAAAACUGACAGGAAACGUGAAGCUAAAAAGGCGUCAAGGGCACCUUAUAGAAGAAAGCUGAAAGCACUUGUCAUCGAGGGCAACAGGGUAUGCUAUGAAAAAAUUUAA